AUGCCUAAACGUGGUCCUGGUACCUGGAAGUUCAAUUCUUCUUUGUUAAAAGAAGUCAAUUAUGUCACUGCAUUUUGGAACGCCUGGAAAUUACUACAUUUUGGAACGCCUGGAAAAAAGAGAAAGAUUCUUUUCCUUCUUUGGCUGUUUGGUGGGACACCGGGAAAAGGCUAAUUCAACAUAUGACGCAGCGUUACUGUUCAAAACAAGCUCAAGCUUGUCGGUUGCGAUGCAGAUCUUUAGAGCAUACAUUAAUACAUCUUGAAAGAAGGUGACGUAACGGUGAAGAUGUUGAUGCGUGGAUCAUUGAAGCGCGAUCUAACCUUGAACUUGAACAUUUAAGCAUAGCAGACGGCGCAAGAAUCCGUGCUCGAGAACAAUGGGCAGAAGCUGGAGAAACAUCAUCUUCUUAUUUUUUACACCAAGAAAAAUCGCGGGCUAUAAAGAAACAGUUCACUGGUAUAAAGAACGCUCAGGGUGCGGUAGUUCAAUCCGUCUCAGCUAUCAUUCGUGUUUGGUGUAUCUUUUAUGUUCAACUUUUUACUGCUGCUGUCCUUGUUCCAAGUGAUCAAGAUUUUUUUAUCAAUUCUUUAGCCCAUUCCUUGUCCCCAGCCGAAGCCAAUCUUUGUGAUGGUAUUGUUACAGAAGCAGAAUGCUUGAAAGCUUUAUCCAAGAUGAACUCAAACAAAUCUCCUGGUGUGGAUGGCUUAUCAUAUGAAUUUUACUCUUCUUUUUGGUCUGUCCUUGGAGCUGAUCUUGUUGAUGUGCACAAUAAUUGUUUUUCUACUGGUUGUCUAUCUUUUGCCCAACAGACAGGUUUAAUUACAUUACUUUACAAGAAAGGUGAUAAGUUAGAUACUAAGAACUGGCGUCCGAUUUCCCUGUUAUGUACAGAUUACAAAAUAUUGGCCAAGGUCCUGACCAAUCGUCUUCUUCUUGUUCUUCCUACCAUUGUAGACCUUGAGCAAACCUGUGGAGUCCCAGGUCGAUUCUCAAGUGAAAACGUCAGAGUUCUUAAAGAUAUUAUUGAUUAUGAUAACUGUUCCAACAUUGGUGCUGCUACUAUAUCCUUGGACCAAGAGAAACCUUUUGAUCGUGUGGAUUGGAAUUUCAUGUUACGGGUGUUGGAGCAAGUGAAUUUUGGUUCUUCUUUUCGUUCAUGGGUCAAGUUACUGUAUUCGAAAAAUUAACGACUACGUUAGUGAUCUGUUUCCAGUUACUUGUGGCGUCCGGCAAGGUUGUCCUUUAUCCCCUCUUCUCUAUGUAUUAGUUGCUGAAACGAUUGCUACGCUGACGACACAAAUAUCUUGGUGCGUUCAGAUGCCUCUCUUCGUGCAAUUUUUUCUCUUUUCGAACGAUACGAGCAUGCCUCUGGUGCUAAAUUAAAUGUGAAGAAAUCACAUGGCCUUUUGAUUGGUUCUUGGAAAGACCGGACAGAUUUACCUGUUCCUUUGAAUUGGUCGAAUGUAUCUAUUACUGUUCUUGGAUGUCAGAUUGGCAAUGAAGUAUCUGUGGAUUGGGAUGGUCUUAUCGGCAAGUUUCAGGAUCAACUUUGUCUUUGGCAGGGUCGGCAUCUUUCCUUCCGUGGUCGUGCAUUAAUCGCGAAUGUCCUUGGACUUAGUCUUUUCUGGUAUCAUGCCACUGUUUUUGAUGUGCCCACACUCGUUAUCUCACAAAUUAACAAGUUGCUUUUUCCUUUUGUCUGGGGUAAGAAGAGAGAAUGGAUGGCGCGUGCCUCAGUUACUCAACCUCUGGCUGCUGGCGGUUUAGGAGUUGUGGACGUAUCUAGGAAAGUAACAUCCCUCCGUUCUAUUUGGCUUGGUCGAUUUCUAACUGUUACCAAUCCUCACCCUUGGUCCAGUUUCUUUGAUUAUCAUGUAUCUUUGGUAUUUAACGAUCAAGAUGUCCUCCAGUUAUUGGCUCGUGAUAAUAUUCCUGCAUACCGUGUCAGAAAGUUACCUCCCUUUUAUGCUUCCUUGGUGAGAGCUUGGAUUGAUGUAAAAGGCAUGAAAGUUGGUCAACUUUGGGUCGUUCCUCGUCCACCACUUGAUCCUCUUCCAGUUGCUGAAUUUAGCGCUCGUAGUGCAUAUGGUUUAUUGUCUAAGUAUCAACAUACUGAUCAUCGUUCGCUGGCAAAGUUUCGAGAUUGGGGUUUCUCUGUCGAGUGGAAACGUGUCUGGGCAAGUCUUCUUUUGUGGAAGUUUGUUCGCUCCGUUGAAGAUACCGCGUGGUUAUCUUUUCAUGGUAUCCUCCCAACUGCCGACCGUCUUCUGCAUUUCAAGAUGAAUGUCAAUCCCUCCUGUUUCUGUGGUCAACCUGAAACUUUGGUCCACCUUUUUACUUCUUGUCCUUUGGUUCGUGAUCUUUUGGUGUGGUUUACGCUGCAACUCAAUCGAUAUGAUCCCUUGGUCAUUCUUACUGAUGGUGACAUUCUUUUUGGUUUUUCUUCUGCGUCGAGUAUUCCAUUGGUCUUCUCUGCGUUAUUCGGAAUUCUUCAGCAUCAAGUGUGGUUGGCACGUAACAAGCACCGUUUUGAGAACAUUGCUCCGUGUUCACAAGCUUCUUUACGUAAAGCUAAGUCCACCUUUCGCUUUAUGGUUCGUUUGCAGAAACGUCACAAUCCAGUUGGUCAGUUUACACAUGAAUGGUUAGCUGAUGGUAUUGUUGGGUCCAUUACAGAUCAAGGCUGGAUUCAUUUUGCGUGUGAUUUUAUCAUGUGA